AUGUUGACCACAGCUACGAUCCUCGUCCCCUUUUUGCUUGGUGGAUUCCAAGUCGUGAAGGCGGCACCGAAGCAGGUUAUUCAGUUGAGUCCGCAGGAGGGGCUGGAGAUUGUGUGCAAUGCGGGGAGGUCUACGACGGUGACGGUUACGAGGACGGUGGAGGUUGCGAGGACGGUUUCGGUGAUGGUUACCACGGGUGCACCGCAGGCUUCGGUUGGGGUGGUACGGAGUAGCUCCGGCUUGAGGGUGGUGUCGAGUAGUUCGAGGACUGGGACGGUGCCGUCGAGUACUGCUGGGUCUGUUGUUGGUGGUGGGGGUGGGAAUGGGACGGGGUUUAGGAAUGCGGUUUAUUUUACGAAUUGGGGCACCUACGGCAACAACUUCCAGCCUCAGGACUUGCCGGCCGACAGGAUCACGCAUGUGCUGUAUUCGUUUGCGGAUAUUGCUUCUAAUGGGGAGGUAUUCUCCUCAGACACCUACUCCGACCUCGAAAAGCGUUACCCGACCGACUCCUGGAACGACCAAGGCAACAACGCCUACGGCUGCGUCAAGCAGAUGUACCUCCUCAAGAAGAAGCACCGCCAGCUCAAGGUGCUGCUUUCCAUCGGCGGGUGGACGUACUCGCCCAAAUUCGCCCCCGUGGCUGCCACCGCCGCUGGCCGCAAAAGGUUUUGCUCUUCGGCGGUAAAGCUGGUCCAAGACUGGGGGUUUGACGGGUUGGAUAUCGACUGGGAGUAUCCCGCCUCUGCGACCGAAGCCGCUGAUUUUGUUUCGCUGCUGAAAGAGUGCAGAGAGGCCUUGGAUGAGUACUCUGCCAAGCACGCAAAGGGGUAUCACAUGCCUAUUACUAUUGCUUGUCCGGCGGGUCCGACGCAUUAUGGCCAGAUGGAUAUCCCACGGAUGGAUAAGUAUAUUGACGCGUGGCAUCUUAUGGCGUAUGACUAUGCCGGGUCGUGGGAUAGUGUCUCGGGGCAUCAGAGCAAUGUUUUCCUUAGCACGACUAACCCGAACUCUACAAAAUUCUCGACGGAGAAGGCGGUGAAUGAUUAUGUGGCCAAGGGGGUCGCGCCGGGGAAGAUUGUGCUGGGACUGCCGCUUUAUGGGAGGGGGUUUGAGGCUACGAGUGGGCCGGGGAGGCCGUAUAAUGGAAUUGGCGAGGGGUCGGCGCAGGCGGGGAUUUGGAAUUAUAAGGAUUUGCCUAGGCCGGGGGCGAAAGAGUUUUGGGAUGAGCAGGCGGUUGCGGCGUGGAGUUUUGAUGAGAGGAAGCAGGAGUUUAUUAGUUAUGAUACGGUUAGGAGUGCGGUGGAGAAGGUGAAGUAUUUGAAGGGGAAGGGGUUGGGGGGGACGGUGUUUUGGGAGGCGGCGGGGGAUAAGGUGAGGGAGGAGGAGAGUUUGGUGAGGACGGUGGUGAAGGAGUUUGGGGGGACGAAUAAGUUGGCGGGGGCUUUGAACCUGUUGAGUUAUCCAGUUAGUGAGUACGAUAAUAUUAGGGCGGGAAUGCCUUGA